AUGGCCAAUCACACUCCAGUGACUCUAGGUGUCUUGGGUCGGUAUUAUUCGGCCCGGCAUACUCUGGGACAAUACCGCUCAGCAUGUGUAACGGCAACGUACAACAUAUCGCUCCCAAAUGACUCAUCGUUGAGUGAACUUGAUAAUGCACUCGAGUAUGCUAUACAAGCCACCAUUCGUCUACAUGCGGGUCUACAGUAUGGUGUUUCCGGCGAGAAAGAAGCUGGUGUCCCGCUGUUUGGACAGAUCCGCACAUUCAACCGCCAGGACGUUUUGAAGGUCAUCGAUAGCCAAGAUGUCAAUGGCAAUGAUGGAAAGGGUGGGGGUACGACUGACGAUCCUCUAUCAAAAUUACUUGAAAGCGGUCAUUCAGCGCUCUGGGUCGAAAACAAGCCAGCCUGGAAGGCUGUUGUUGUCAAGCAUACCAGCAACCGCCGGUCAGGUCUCUCUCUCAGGCUGGAUAUUGCCUUCUUUGCACAUCACACUAUUGCUGAUGGGUUAAGUGACGUUGCUUUCCAUGCAUCGUUGAUGAGAAAUCUCAGACUCGACACGCCCAUACCUGCAAAAUGGCCCCUGGAGUUGAACGAGGUACAAGACCCUCCGCCAACAAUUGAAGAAAGCGUGGGCUGCCUGUCGUGUAACUGCACUAUCUGCACAACUCCAGACAAAUCUGAUGAGCCAGUUUGGGGAGGAGGCCCUAUAUCUGCGGCACCGACGGUCAACUACGAAUCUCGCGUUCGAAUAGUGACAGUCCCAGCGGCACCGUUUUCUAGCCUUCUUAGAAAGUGCAAGCACGCUAACGUCACAGUCACUGGGCUUCUCCACGCAAUCAUCUGCACCUCACUAAAUCAUUCCAUUAAUGAAGAUGUUCCCGGAUUUCGAGCCGUUACACCCUUUUCAGCAAGACGACAUACUGGAGCUUCUGACGCGGAAAUCGUCAACCAUAUCUCUUAUCUGACGAGCUAUGUAUCUAGAGGAGACUUGCAGAAGUUCAGAGACUGUCAUAGUGGCUCUGACACAGAGGAGCAGCAUAUUAUAGACCUUGCGCGCGGCUUCAGCAACGAAGUAGUGGCCAAGGUCAAGGAGUUCCCGCACGGCAGUAUGGCUACCAAACUCAGUCAAUUCCAAGAUGUCCUACAGGAAUGUCAGAACCAAGGCGGUACAGAUAGACGGUACACGUAUGAGCUUUCUAAUCUGGGUUCAGUCUCAAGCAUAUGUCCGCCAGAAGGGAGUGGUAUCAAGCUUGACAGAUUGGUCUUCACGCAAUGCGGUUUUGUUGCUGGUCCCGCGUUGGGUUUCAACAGUGUUAGCACUAGGGGAGGGGAUUUCACCAUCAGUAUCACUUGGCAAAAGGGAACCGUUGCAGAAUCAGUUGUGGAAAACGUUGUUCAAGAGCUAGAGACACGACUAACAACAUUUCAGUAA